CCGGAGUUCUUUGGUCUUAGUUACUGCUGGGGAACUCUAGGCCAUACGCAGACCCUUUCCGUCAACGGAUCUUGCAUAAAAAUAUCGGAGAAUCUGAACCGAGGACUUAAGGAGCUGGCUAAGCUUGACGAAUACAAUGGGCAGAUCUGCGUUAAUCAACAGGAUCUGGUUGAACGUUCCCACCAGGUGACCAUGAUGCAGCGCAUAUAUCAAACCGCAGUGAAGACUCUAUGGAGCCUUGGGCAUAGCAACAAGGAUUGGGCCAACAGUGUUCCUUGGCUUAAGGUGCCCCAUCCUUUGCAACGCGUGAUCCAAGGCCCGUCUCUUGCAUCGCUCGGUCUUCCCGACGUCACCAAUAGCGCCUGGCAGGAGCUCAAGAGCAUCCUGAGCAACGACUGGUUCUCACGCGUAUGGGUG